GUCAGCGGCGGAGCCGGAUGCGGGCGUCGCCGCGGCCGGGGCGGCCCGGGGGAUGGGCGGAGCCCCAGCCGCCAGUGCUGGUGGCCGCCGCCGCUGCCGAUCCCGAGCGGACGCCUCUGGUCCCGCGCGUCGCUGCUUCCUAGGGCGGCGGUAUGCUGGGGAAAGGGGUAGUCGGCGGUGGCGGCGGCACCAAGGUGCCCAAGCCCUCCUUCGUGUCGUACGUGCGCCCUGAGGAAAUUCACACAAAUGAGAAGGAAGUAACAGAGAAGGAAGUAACUCUUCACUUGUUGCCAGGUGAACAGCUGCUUUGUGAAGCCAGCACAGUGCUGAAGUAUGUCCAGGAAGAUUCCUGUCAGCGUGGGAUCUAUGGGAAACUUGUCUGCACAGACUUUAAGAUUGCUUUCUUGGGCGAUGACGAAUCGGCACUGGAUAAUGAUGAAACCCAAUUUAAGAAUGAGGUUAUAGGAGAAAAUGACAUCACACUCCACUGUGUUGAUCAGAUUUAUGGAGUGUUUGAUGAGAAAAAGAAACCUCUCUUUGGACAACUGAAGAAAUACCCUGAGAAACUCAUCAUCCACUGCAAAGACCUGCGAGUGUUCCACUUUGGUCUGAGGUACACAAAAGAAGAGGAAGUCAAAAGGAUUGUCAGUGGCAUAAUUCAUCAUACCCAGGCUCCUAAACUGCUUAAAAGAUUAUUUCUGUUUUCCUAUGCAGCUGCUGCACAAAACAAUACAGCCACCGAUCCCAAGAACCAUACUGUAAUGUUUGACACACUUAAGGACUGGUGUUGGGAAUUGGAGCGGACCAAAGGCAAUGUCAAGUACAAAGCAGUGAGUGUCAAUGAAGGCUAUAAAGUCGGUGAAAGAUUGCCAGCAUACUUUGUUGUCCCCACCCCUCUUCCUGAAGAGGACGUGCGAUGCUUUCAGGGUCGCGGCAUACCAAUAUGGUGUUGGUCCUGCCAUAAUGGAUGUGCCCUUUUGAAAAUGUCAGCACUGCCCAAAGAACAGGAUGAUGGCCUUUUACAAAUCCAAAAGAGCUUCUUGGAUGGAAUUUACAAGACCAUCCACAGGCCACCCUAUGAAAUUGUUAAAACCGAAGACCUGUCCAGCAACUUCCUGUCGCUUCAGGACAUCCAGACUGCAUACUCUAAAUUUAAACAGCUCUUUCUGAUAGAUAAUAGUACCGAAUUUUGGGACACAGAUAUAAAAUGGUUUUCUCUGUUGGAAAGCAGCAGCUGGCUUGACAUAAUCAGACGUUGCCUGAAAAAAGCAAUAGAGAUUACAGAAUGUCUAGAAGCACAAAACAUGAACGUUCUUCUUUUAGAGGAGAACGCUUCCGACCUCUGCUGCCUCCUUUCCUCUCUGGUGCAAGUGAUGAUGGACCCCCACUGCAGAACCAGGGUUGGUUUCCAGAGCCUCGUCCAAAAGGAGUGGAUCAUGGGUGGGCACUGUUUCCUGGAUCGCUGCAACCACCUCCGUCAGAGUGACAAAGAGGAGGUUCCUGUGUUCCUGCUUUUCUUGGAUUGCGUCUGGCAGCUGGUGCACCAGCAUCCCCCAGCAUUUGAUUUCACAGAGACUUACCUGACUGUUUUGUCAGAUAGUUUGUACAUACCUAUUUUUAGCACCUUCUUCUUCAAUUCGCCUCAUCAAAAAGAUAUUAACAUGGGUAGGGAAAGCCAAGAUACACAAAGCAAGCCUUUGAAUCUGCUCACCGUGUGGGAUUGGUCUGUACAGUUCGAAUCUAAAGCCCAGAUGUUGCUCAAAAACCCUCUUUAUGUGGAAAAGCCAAAACUGGACAAAGGCCAGCGGAAAGGAACGCAUUUGAAACAUCAACGACAACUUUCUUUACCACUUACCCAAUCUAAAUCAUCUCCCAAAAGAGGAUUUUUCAGGGAAGAAACAGAUCAUUUAAUUAAAAACCUUCUGGGCAGAAGAAUUAGCAAAUUAAUUAAUUCUUCUGAUGAGCUGCAAGACAACUUUCGAGAGUUCUAUGAAAGCUGGCACAGCAAGCCCACGGACUACCACGGUCUGUUGCUGCCUCACAUCGAGGGGCCAGAAAUCAAAGUCUGGGCCCAGCGCUAUUUGCGCUGGAUUCCAGAAGCCCAAAUUCUGGGUGGCGGCAGAGUGGCCACCAUGAGCAAACUCUUGGAAAUGAUGGAGGAAGUAGAGCACUUACAAGAGAAAAUCGAUGAGAGACACCACAGCCAGGGGGCCCUCCCGGCAGAGGCCCCCCCUUUGCUGAGGAGCUCUGCCCGCUUGUCCUCUUUGUUUCCUUUCGCUCUGCUGCAGCGACACUCCUCGAAGCCAGUCUUGCCCACCAGUGGCUGGAAAGCUUUGGGUGAUGAAGACGAUCUGGCCAAACGAGAAGAUGAGUUUGUGGAUCUGGGGGAUGUGUGACCCGUCUGCUCAGUGAUUGUGAAGGAGGAACGGUGAGGGCUGGGACAGGAGUCGAACACGUUUGAUCUCCGGAUUAGUGGGUCAUGCUGAAGCUUACUGCUGCGGGGGGCGGGGAGGCAUUAGUCCAGGGCUCUGUAGCAGGAAGCCUGGACCUUCAGGAAAAGAGCUGGUUCUCGUGGUUUUUUCAUGCUCCUGAAAGACUAUGCAAUUAAAACUGUAUCUCUAGUAUUAUUAAUUGAAAGGAGUUACUACUUGACCCAUAAUAGAACUGGCCAUUGUCUGAUGCGUAAGUAUUAUACAGAACCUGCAGUGGCGGGUUUACUACUAGAAAGGGCUUUGGUCAGACAUUCUUGGACUCGAUACUUUCUUCAGAUCUUUUCUGUGCCAAGAUAAUUUUUUUGUGUGUGUGUGCCGAGAUAAUUUAUCUAGUCGUUGGGAAGAGUGUGUGUCUCUCUACCCAUCUUUAGUUGGAGCAGGUUCAGCUUUAUUCGAUGUGUGUAUGGCAAAUUGAAAGACUCACAUAGAGGUAUUAAGAUGUAUGGCAUUCAUUUAACCCAUAGCAUUUUUCCCUUCUACAUCCUCUCGCCUGAGAAAAGCUGGGGAGAUUCCAUCCAUGUCACCCAUCCUGACAUUUCUGGCCAUCCCCCCUCCUGCAUAGACUGUGUCACUUUGUGCGGGGCUGGUGGGCUAGCCAGCCAGCCCCACCGCCCUUUCCGUGUGCUGACAGCUCCAGGUCUCCCUCUGCCCACUCAGUCCCCCUCACUGCCGUCCCCACGCUCCCUGCUGUGGUGCAACGAGUCCCAGGAUCUUGCUGCUAAAUCUGUUGGUUAAACUGAAAGUGCUUUGCCUUUUUCUAACAGUGUGCCGAGGCUUGGGGCCAUUUGUGCCCACGGUCCUCCGCCGCAGCCCUCACGUGGUCUCCCCAAAGUCUCUGUAACCACGCAGGCGUGAGCAGGAUCACUUCUGAACGUGGCUUCCGUAGGGAGGCCAAGAAGUAUGAGUAGCAGAGGUGAUGGUUCUCCUACAGUACCUCAACGAUUUCAAAGCCAUAGAAGAAACUUGAUUAUGCCUGGUCACCUUGGAUCUGCUGUCUAAAUGGUAUAUAUAUUUUUAAAUGCAGGAAAGUACACUUUUAAGGACCAGUUUUUUCUUUCUCAGUGGAACUCUGUUAAAACCCACAAAAGGGAGGGGGGGGAAACUAAUGUUAGAACGUUUCAAAUUGAAUGUUUGCCUUUUAUAUACAUUUGCUCUCCAGUGUAGAUCCCAAUUUGAAUGUUACAUGUUUAGAAAAAGUUCAGUUGCUUGAGGGCAAUAAGAAAUUUGGAAACUAUUGACAAAGAAGUUUCUCAGUUUGCACUGAAUCGUCUUUUUGUAUGUACAAGAAAUUGCUUUGCUGUUCUCCCCAUUCCACAUUGACACGUGAGCCAGGUUGGCCUGUUAAAAUGACAGAGGCUGAGAGGGCAGGAUCCAUGCAUUGGGGGCCAAACGCAUGUCCGGUCUUGGUUGCCUUAAGAGUCUCACUAGUGAUUUCAGUGUUAGGCUUGCGGUAGGGAUUUUAAAAUACACUAGUUCAUUAGCUACCUUAACAUACGUUCUGUGGGCCUUCUUAAACUAGCACUAACCUCCACUUCUCUGCCCCACUGCCUCCCAAAUACACUAUGGAGCUAACUAUUUUUGUUACCAUAUUAUAACGUGAAUAUUUAUACAGUAGCCUCUUCAAUCUUAGAAUCUUAGUAAUUUUCAUUCCAGAAAUGCCUGGUGUGAUGCUUUACACUCCACAAAGUACGGUUUAAAGGCACAAGGUCAUGGCCCUUGUCAUAGCGGUUGAAUGUGUGUUGAAAUAUUUUUCUAUGAUUUUUUAAAAAAAAAGUACAAUAGAAAAAUAAGCUGUUGUAACAUGUGAGGUCAUGACAGUUUAUGUAUUUAUAUUUGAAAUCAGAUUUCUAUAAACUUGUAUUUGUGUACAGAAUUCUCAGUGGGUUUAUAUAUUGUGACAUUUUUAUUCAAGAUUGAGAUAUGGAUUAUGCUUAACAGUAAAAGCUGAAAUGAGACCAUUUACUUUGUUUAAAAUGCUGCACUGUGCAAAUUUGGAAAUGUACAUUAAUUUACUGUAUAUAAUAUCUUGAGUUUGUUUAUACCUCCAAGUUUUUACACUGAAAAUAAAUUAGCUUUAAAAACAUUCAAAACUUUUUUUUUAAAGGGAAUAAGCUGUUGGGCUAUUAUCUGUAUAAACGUGAUUUCUAUUUUCCCAAUGUACAAUGAACGUUUAUAUUUGUAUCUCACUGCAUCAUAUCUGAUUGCAGAAAUUAAAGCACAAUUUACAAGCAA